UUUUACUUUGCAAAAGUUUCUGAUUGGCGGAGCAUCUAGUAAUCCUUUUAAUUUCUAAACUGUUUCCCCUUCUUUUUGGAGCAACUACUUCCCUGUACUAAUCACAAUUUUUAGCAAAGGAAAUCCUGACACAGUGAGAGCAGUAUCAGCUGUUAAAUGUACUCUUAAAAGGUCCAAAAAUGAGAUUUCCAGUGAAGAUUGUUUGUCUUAUAUUAUGGACUGUUUGUGCAGCAGAAGAUUGUGAAGAACCUCCUCCAAGAAAAGAUACAGAAAUUCUGACAGGUUCAUGGACUGACCAAACAUAUAAAGAGGGCACACAGGCUACAUAUAAAUGCCGCCCUGGAUAUAGAACUCUGGGAACCAUUGUAAUGAUAUGCAGUAAAGGAAAAUGGCUUUCUCUACAUCCAUCAAGGAUAUGUCGUAAAAGACCCUGUGGACAUCCUGGAGAUACUCCUUUUGGUUCUUUUCAUCUUGAAGUUGGAAAUGACUUUGAAUAUGGUGCAAAGGUUGUUUAUAAAUGUGAUGAGGGGUAUCAACUGUUAGGUGGGGUUGAUUUCCGUGAAUGUGAUGUAGAUGGAUGGACCAAUGAUAUUCCUUUAUGUGAUGUUGUUAAGUGCUUACCAGUAAGAGAACCAGAGAAUGGGAGAGUUAUCAGUUCAUUGGAACCUGACAAGGAAUAUUCUUUUGGCUACGUUGUGCAGUUUGAGUGUGAUAAAGGCUUCAUGCUAAGAGGGCCUAAAGAAAUACAUUGCACAGCAAAUGGUAUUUGGAGUGGAGAAAACCCGACAUGUGUAGGCAUUUCCUGUGAGAGACCACAAAUCAAAAAUGGAGUUGCUAUAUCUCAUAAGAGCCUCUAUAAUGAGAAUGAACGAGUUCAAUAUCAAUGUAACCCGGGUUUCGAAUACACUGAAAGAGGAGAUGCUGUAUGCACUAAAUUUGGAUGGAGUCCACAUCCUUCAUGUAAAGAAGUAACAUGUGAUCCUCCUUAUGUUGCAAAUGGUUUCUUCACACCUGAAAGGACUAUACACAGAAGCGAAGAUAAAAUCACCUACCACUGUAAAACUGGCUUUUAUCCUUCAACCCAGGGAAAUACAGCAAUAUGUACUGGUAGUGGUUGGGUACCUGUUCCAAGAUGUGCUUUGAAACCCUGUGAUUUUCCACAUAUAAAACAUGGAUAUCUACGUGAUGAAGGCUAUUAUAGACCAUACUUUCCAGUACAUAUAGGAAAAUAUUACUAUUACUACUGUGAUCAGAAUUUUGUGACUCCUACACAACACAAUGGUGGUUACAUUACAUGCACAAAAGAAGGAUGGUCACCAGCAGUACCAUGCCGCCGACAGUGCUAUUUGUAUUCUAUUGAAAAUGGACGUGCUUCAAAAGAUAAAUACAAAUAUUUAGAUAAUGAAUUUAUAAACGUUGUGUGCAAUCCUGGCUACAGUCUUCCAGAUGAACAGACCAAAAUUACAUGUACAGAGAAUGACUGGUCCCCUCCUCCCAGAUGCAUCCGUGUCAAAACAUGUUCGAGAUUAGAUAUUGAGCAUGGGUUUUUUUCUGAAUAUGAGUAUACAUAUCCCUUAAAUAAACAAACACAAUAUAAGUGUAAAGAAGGAUAUGUAACACCAGAGGGUGAAACCUCAGGUUCGAUUACGUGUUUACAUAGCGGAUGGUCAGCUCAGCCCACAUGCAUUAAAUCUUGUGAUAAGCCAGUAUUUGAGAAUGCCAGGCCCAGAAGAGAUGACACCUGGUUUAAGCUCAAUGACAAGUUGGACUAUGAAUGCAACGAUGGAUAUGAAACCAGAGACGGAAGCACCACAGGCUCCAUAGUAUGCGGUGAGGAUGGUUGGUCCAAUACACCCACAUGUCUCGAAAGGUCAUGCAGUGUUCCAAAUAUAGGAGAAGAUUUAGAUGCUAACCCCAAGAAAGAUAUUUUUAAAGUUGGAGAAGUGUUGAAAUUCUCCUGCAGAAGAAGACUUACAAUUGUUGGAGCAAACUCAGUUCAAUGCUACCAUUUUGGAUGGUCCCCAAAUAUACCAACAUGUAAAGGGGAAGUAAAAUCUUGUGGUCCACCUCCUCAACUUACCAAUGGGGAAAUUAAGGAGGAAAGAAAAGCAGAAUAUGGACACAGUGAAGUGGUGGAAUAUGAUUGUAAUCGCAGAUUUCUACUGAAAGGGCCUAAGAAAAUUCAAUGCAUUGAUGGAGAAUGGACACCUUUGCCUAUAUGUUUAGAGGAAGAGAGAACGUGCGGAGAUAUACCUGACCUUGAGCACGGUGAUGUGCUGUCCUCUUCCCCUCCCUAUCACCAUGGAGAUUCAGUGGACUUCAAUUGCACAGAAACAUUUACAAUGAUUGGACACAGAUCGAUUACAUGUAUUCGUGGAAUGUGGACCCAACUUCCUCAGUGCGUUGCAACAGGUCAACUUAAGACAUGUAAAAUGUCAAGAUCAAUUGUACCUGAAGCAAAACUAUCACAUAUGUCUGAAGUUAAUCAUAACACGAACUUAAGUUACAAAUGUAAAGGAAACUCACAAAAUCGACAAUCAAUCUGCAUAAAUGGAAUAUGGGAUCCUGAAAUAAACUGCACAGGAGAAAAAACACCAUUGUGCCCACCUCCACCUCAAAUUCCCAAUACUGAAACUAUAACAACCACAGUAAAUUAUCAGGAUGGAGAAAAAGUAUCUGUCCUCUGUCAAGAAAAUUAUCUAAUUCAGGGAGCAGAAGAAAUUGUGUGCAAAGAUGGAAAAUGGCACUCAAUACCACAUUGUGUUGAAAAAAUACCAUGUUCUCAACCACCUCCUAUUGAACAUGGAACCAUACAAUCAUCUAGAUUUUCAGAAGAAAUGGAAGAAAUAUCCAACUCCAGGCGUUACAUACAUGGCACUAAGUUAAGAUAUAUCUGUGAAGAUGGUUUCAGGAUAUCUGAAGAAGAUGAGAUAACAUGCCACAUGGGAAAAUGGAAUUCCAUACCUCAGUGUGUAGGAAAUCCUUGUGAAAAGCCACCUUUGAUUCGGAAAGGUGCCCCUUCUCCAAAGUUAGACAGUUAUCAACAUGGAGAAGAAGUUACAUAUGAGUGUGCGAACGGUUUUGGGAUUGAUGGACCUGCUUCUAUACAAUGUUUUGGAGGAAAAUGGCCCCAGCCACCAGAAUGCAGAAAAACAGAUUGUUUUGGAUUACCCAAUGUUGAUAAUGCAACACUCAUAAGCCAGAAGAAGAAAUCAUAUAGGUCUGGAGAACAAUUAAUGUAUAAAUGUCCACAGUAUUUUGAAAUGGAUGGAUCAAAUAUUGUAAAGUGUAUUAAAAGCAAAUGGAUAGGAAGACCAACAUGCAAAGAUGUUUCCUGUGUGAAUCCACCUGUAGUGGAAAAUGCUCGUAUUAUAUCAGGGCCUUUGGCUAGAUACCCACCUGGUGAGAGAGUACGUUAUGAAUGCACCAAACCUUUUGAUCUAUUUGGGGAAGUAGAGGUGACAUGCCUAAAUGGAACCUGGACAGAACCACCUAAAUGCAGAGAUUCUAAAGGAAAAUGUGGGCCCCCUCCGGCUAUUGACAAUGGAGAUAUAACCUCAUUUCCACGAGGGGAAUACGCUCCAGGAUCAGCAGUGGAGUAUCAAUGCCAGGCCUACUAUGUUCUUCAGGGUGAUGCACGUGUGACGUGUAGAAACGGAGAGUGGUCAGAACCACCAAAAUGCUCAGGGGCAUGCGUAGUAUCACCAGAUAUCAUGAAUGAACAUAACAUAGAGUUAAAAUGGUCAACUAAGAAUAAACUGUAUUCCAGAACAGAUGAUGAUAUUGAAUUCCAGUGUAAAAAUGGAUAUAUCCCACAGACACCAACAAAUCCCUUCCGAACAAAGUGUCAGGAAGGGAUAGUAACAUAUCCCAGGUGUCGUAAAAAAGACAUCUGGUAUCGAUAUUAUUAAAAUAAUUCCAUUUAUUCUGAAUUUUUGCAUUAUUAAUCCAGUUCAACUCUAUUUUAAUUUUCAUGUGUUAACUGAUUUUUAUUGAUAUCAGAAUUUGUGUUAAAUAUGAAGUGGAUGAUGUAAUUAUAAACAGAGAGACCAGUGUUUCACUUCUUAAAUGUUCCAUAUUAAAACUUGACAAACAAUAA